CGUAGGAGACCCAGAACUAAAGCUUGGAUUAAUUUCUCCUCUUAGUUGCGGUGUGGUGGUCGUUUGUAGCGGUGCGUCGGUUCGCUACUGCCCUGAAGGCAAGCGAGCCUGUUCUGUUGCCUCGGGAAGGAGGGAAGUGGUAGAAGCUGACCCGGAUCGGUGGCAGGUCUUUAGGUCCGUUGGUGUAGCAGAUUUCAAGGCUAAGAGAGAAAGACUGCCUCUGAUCCCUGCAGGAAGACAAAACAGGAAAAAUCCACAACAUGGAAAAUGUCCCCCAGGAAAACAAAGUUGGGGAGCAGGCCCCGGGGCCAAAAGAAGAAGAAGCCCACCCUCUACGAGGUGGUGAAGGCCAGGAGCCUGGAGGAAAUAUUAGAGGGGGGUGGGCUCCACCUGUCCAGGAUUUUGGAGAGGAUCUGCCCAAUAGGCUUGCCAAUAACAUCGAUAUGAUAGAUGGGGAUGCAGAUGAUAUGGAACGAUUCAUGGAGGAGAUGAGAGAGCUAAGGAGGAAAAUUAGGGAGCUUCAAUUGAGGUACAGUCUGCGCAUUCUUAUAGGGGACCCCCCUCACCAUGAUCAUCAUGAUGAGUUUUGCCUCAUGCCUUGAAUCUUGAGGUUAAUAAUCAUAAACCCCCUGCUUUCCAAACUUGCAUUUUCUUGGUGUAUCCCUUACUGUGAAUCUUUUGUUGUUAUUCUGCCAUUUUCUGAUUGGAGAUUUCAUUUUGUCAGCAGGGGAGUUUCAUCAACGUGCAUGAAAAGAUGUUUAUUAUAUAUUGUAAAGUUAAUAAAGCAAUUUUAAAAGCA